AAGAGUUAGUGCUCUUUAACACUCUUGAGCUUAUCAUGAUAUAAGUAUCCGCUUUCAUCCAACAAACACUUUCCCAUCCGUUCAUGUGUUUGUGACUCUCGAGAGAAGAAGGAAAGAAAACAAAAACAGAAAAAAAGAAAACAUUUCAUCAUCAUCAUCAUCAUAACGCAUAAACUGUGGUUGAAUUUCAAAGAUUUGGGGGGAAGGAAGCCAUGGGAGAUGAAUUCAGCAACUCGGGUAAUGGAAACUGGUGGAAGGCUUCGACCUCGUCUUCAUCUUCGACGUGUUUGUCUCCGGGGAUUGGCUGCGGAACGUUAGGGGGCUUUGGUUGGGCCCCGGAGACAACGCCCGAGAAUAUUAAUAAAGAGAGAUCGAGCUCUAUCGAGUCUGGCGGUUCGGUUGUUUUCCUUGAUCAUAAACUUCAUCAUGAUCCGUCAUCUGAUCAUCAUCAACAUGUUCAGAUGAUAGGUUUAGGCCUUUCUUCCCAACCCUUUGAUCAAUGGAACCAAUCCCUUCUACGAAGCGACAAUAAAGCGGAGACAAGCUUCCGAGUGAUGGUAAACUCAAACGCAAACGCAAGCACAGACGUCAGCAUGAACGCAUCUUCGUCCUACCAACAAGAAUCAGGUUCGUCACAAGCAUCGUUAUGGCGAGAUUCUUCAGCGAACGUGGAAUUCAAAACGCAGUUGAGCAAUCGCGGGUUCUUCUUGGAUCAUACGCAGUUUAGCCCUCACGCGAGCUCGAGCGAUAGCACCGUGACGUGUCAAAGUUUCGCGAUGGACAAUUCCUCCACCACUCUGUACUCAAACCCUAAUUCGUCAUCGAAUGUGUUUCAAGGAACGUUCUUGGGGUCUGACCAACCUGAUCGAAACCAGUCGUCGUCUUUGAGCUAUUCACAGUACGGAAACUUCGGUCUGAGUCCUUUGCGUUUCUCUAACAACACAACGUUCUGGAACCCGACGGCGGCGGCGCAUGACGUGUCGCCGAGAUUCUUCCCGGCGGCCGCGUUACAGUCGCCGGAGAUUCAGGCGCCGAGUUUCGAGGAGAAGCCAAAGAGUGUACCGGAGAUUCGGGAUCCGAGCACUGUCGCGGCGAAGAGAAGCGGCGGCGGUCAACCGGCGGCGAAAAGGUCUAAGAACGAGGCGGCAUCUCCUUCACCAACUUUCAAGGUGAGGAAAGAGAAGAUGGGAGACAGAAUCGCUGCGCUCCAACAACUGGUCUCACCUUUUGGAAAGACUGAUGCAGCCUCAGUGCUGUCUGAAGCCAUUGAAUACAUUAAGUUCUUACACCAACAAGUUGCAGCUCUCAGCAGCCCAUAUCUGAAAACUGGAGCUUCUUUACAGCAGCAACAGAUUUGCGAUCAAUCCAAGGAUCUGGAAGAACCGGAGCAAGAUCUUAGAAGCCGAGGGCUAUGUUUAGUCCCCGUCUCGAGCACAUUCCCCGUGACUCAUGAUACUACGGUCGAUUUUUGGACUCCCACGUUCGGUGGAUCUUUUCGAUAGAUGGAAGAAAACUAACAAGAGUUUCGUGCUAAAUUUUUACCCGAUAUCAUGUCCGAGGUAUUGAGUGCAAAGUAUAAAUUAAAAUCUUAUGACUAGAAGAAAGUACACACACGUGGGAAUAACAUUGAUUUGAAUGCAGAUGAACAUGUUAACGAUAAGCAUUUAAAGAAAAAUAUAUAAUUGGAGUAUCAUAGAUAAGAUAUAAUAAAAAUUUGUUUAAUUUGAUACGCCAUUGUUUCAAUGUAUUAUUUUCUGAAAGAAUAAAUUAAUUUAUGUAAUAAAGGUAUACAUAUCAUCAUAGCUAUUAGCUAUAUAUAUAC